AUGAAGUUCUUUUCUACCUUUCUUUUUGCAGCAUUGAGUGCUCUACUCAAUGUCACCAAUGCCGAAUACACCGGCACGGAUUGUAAUCCCCUCAACAAGACGACUUGCGACCCCGAUCCUGCCCUAGGCACCGAGCACACAUGGCUGUUCAACUCGACUCUCGAUAGCGAAUUAUGGAACAUGGAAACCGGAACCAUAGACUAUACCUCUGAAGGAGCAGACUUCUCAAUCAAGACCGAAAAUGCAUCGACCCUGCUAGUUUCGAACUUCUAUAUUUUCUUCGGAGUCAUGGAAGCGCACGUCAAAAUGGCCAAAGGAGCCGGAAUCAUCAGCAGUGUGAUUCUGCAGUCAGACGACCUGGACGAGAUCGAUUGGGAGUGGGUGGGAUAUAACACUAGCGGGGUUCAAUCGGACUUUUUCGGAAAGGGAAAUACGACUACCAGUGAUCGAGGAGGAUAUCAUGCUGUUUCGAAUGCCGACACCGAAUGGCACAACUAUACCUCAUACUGGGAUAAAGACCGUCUUGAGUGGUGGAUCGAUGGCGACCUCGUGCGCACAGUGAACUACUCCGAGCCAUUGACUGUCUAUGGCAAGAAUUAUCCGCAAACGCCGUGUCAAGUCAAGGUUAGCAAUUGGCCAGUGGGUGUGGAGGGGCAGUCUGUUGGUAAUCUCGAAUGGGGUGGUGGUUUGGUCAACUGGACGAAUGUGCCAUUUACUAUGUCGGUGCAGAAGAUCCGCGUGCAGGAUUUCCACACUGGUAAAGAGUACAAAUAUUCAGGCCAGACUGGAACCUACGAGAGUAUUGAAGUGGUCGGUUACCUGGGAGUGGAUCUCUGUGUUAUUGUCUGGUGGCUAACUCCUGUGGACAGUGGAAACUCGACCGCAAAGACCGAAAUAAACAAAAAGGCAGCAGAGACCUUGGCCCAGAAAUGGGAUGACCUAGGAACUGGUGCACAUAUCGGUGUUUAUGUUGGCGCUUCCGUCGCGGGUGCCCUUAUUAUCGGUGCAUUCGCAUGGUUCUGCUUUCGACAACGGCGAGAUGGAAGACUUCAACGUGCGCUCCACGAUGGCCAGAGUGAAGCGGAGCUCACGACAUUGGCAGAAAACAAAAUGAGGUGGAGGCAAAGCGAACUAUUCCGCCAGAACCAGAAGUAUCAGCCUGUUCCUUAA